AUGACAAGAUCUUCAAAUUCGCCACCAAAAUCGUCCUCCACAGGUGGCCGGCCACCACAAGGAGUGAAAUUUAAUCGCCGGACAUCAAGCGGGAGGGUUGUGAGUUUAUCAAGAGAUGAUGAUAUUGAUUUAUCCGGUGAGUUCGCGGGCCAAAAUGAUUAUAUCAAUUACACCGUUAUGAUGCCACUAACACCAGAUAACCAGCCUGAAACCUCAGAUUCCAAGCAGGAUGGUGCUGGUGGAUCAUACGGGACAACAAGGUUCGCCUCGGAGUCUCAACAACAAGGAAAUAGCGGGGGUGGUGAUGGUGGUGGUGGUGGUGGACCUAAAAUGGAUAGAAGAAUGUCGAUUUUGAAUUCGGGGAAUAACAAGUCCAUGCUAUUAAGGAGCCAAACACAAGAUUUCGAUCAUAAUCGAUGGUUGUUUGAGACGAAAGGGACUUAUGGAAUCGGUAAUGCUUUUUGGCAAGAUGAUGAAAAUGCUUAUGGAGAAGAUGGAGUGAGCAUGUCAGAUUUUAUGGACAAACCUUGGAAACCAUUAACUAGGAAAGUUAAUAUUCCAGGCGCUAUACUCAGUCCUUAUAGGUUGUUGAUUUUCGUGCGUAUGAUAGUUCUUGCAUUUUUCUUAGCCUGGCGAGUUCAGAAUCCGAACUAUGAUGCAAUGUGGUUAUGGGGGAUAUCAAUUGUUUGUGAACUUUGGUUUGCUUUCUCGUGGCUUCUUGAUAUACUUCCCAAAUUGAACCCUAUAAAUCGAAGUGCUGACCUUGGUGCCUUGUAUGACAAGUUUGAUCAACCUUCUCCUUCGAAUCCGGCCGGUCGGUCGGAUUUACCUGGCAUGGAUGUUUUUGUUUCGACGGCUGAUCCUGAGAAGGAACCGCCUCUUGUCACAGCGAACACCAUUCUUUCGAUUCUUUGUGUAGACUAUCCUAUUGAAAAGGUGUCGUGCUAUAUUUCAGAUGAUGGUGGGGCUAUUCUCACUUUUGAAGCCAUGGCUGAAGCUGUUAAAUUUGCUGAGAUUUGGGUACCGUUUUGUAAGAAACACAAUAUCGAACCAAGAAAUCCAGAUGCUUACUUCAACUUAAAGAAAGACCCUACGAAGAACAAGAAACGGCCUGAUUUUGUAAAGGAUAGAAGAUGGAUGAAGAGAGAGUAUGAUGAAUUUAAGGUGAGAAUCAAUGGGCUUCCUGAGGUGAUAAAGAAAAGAAGUAAAUCUUAUAAUUCUAGAGAAGAGAAGAAGGAAAAGCAAUUACUUAAGGAGAAAAAUGGUGGAGUUUUACCACCUGAUCAGACAGUGGAUGUCCCGAAAGCAACAUGGAUGGCUGAUGGUACUCAUUGGCCGGGAACUUGGCUUAAUCCUACAGCUGAUCAUGCAAAAGGUGACCAUGCUGGAAUCUUGCAGGUGAUGAGUAAAGUACCAGAGCAUGACCCUAUAAUGGGCCAUGCAGAUGAGAAAAGACUAGAUUUCACAGGAGUAGACAUCAGGGUUCCAAUGUUUGCAUAUGUUUCAAGAGAGAAGCGACCGGGGUAUGAUCAUAACAAGAAAGCAGGAGCCAUGAAUGCCAUGGUUAGAGCGUCUGCUAUUUUGUCAAAUGGCCCUUUCAUACUAAAUUUGGAUUGUGACCACUACAUCUACAAUUCACAUGCUUUGAAGGAGGGAAUGUGCUUCAUGUUGGACCGCGGAGGUGACCGUGUAUGUUACAUUCAGUUUCCACAAAGAUUCGAAGGGAUUGAUCCCUCCGAUCGAUAUGCAAAUCACAAUACUGUCUUCUUUGAUGGAAAUAUGAGAGCAUUGGAUGGACUACAAGGUCCAAUGUAUGUCGGAACAGGUUGCAUGUUUAGGAGAUAUGCACUCUAUGGAUUUGAACCACCAAGAUUCAUUGAACACACAGGUGUAUUUGGCAGAGUAAAAACCAAGGUGAACCAUAAUCCAAAUCAAGCAAGGUUACAUAUGGAAGACGAUGAUAACGAGCCUUUAACAUCUGAUUCAGAAAUGGGUUUACCUCAAAAAUUUGGAAACUCGACCAUGUUCACAGAUACCAUACCUAUAGCUGAGUUCCAAGCUAGGCCACUUGCUGAUCAUAAAUCUGUGAGGAAUGGUAGACCAGCUGGUGCAUUGCUGGUGCCACGUCCACCUUUGGAUGCUCCAACUGUAGCCGAGGCAAUUGCUGUCAUCUCAUGCUGGUAUGAAGAUAAAACAGAAUGGGGUGAUAGAAUAGGCUGGAUUUAUGGAUCAGUGACUGAAGAUGUCGUAACAGGUUAUAGAAUGCACAAUCGUGGAUGGAGAUCGAUAUAUUGCAUCACAAAAAGAGAUGCUUUCCGCGGAACAGCGCCUAUAAAUCUCACUGAUCGUCUACACCAAGUGCUAAGAUGGGCAACAGGUUCAGUAGAAAUUUUCUUCUCAAGAAACAACGCUAUUUUCGCAAGUAGACGCCUCAAGUUCCUACAGAGAAUCGCAUACCUUAACGUCGGAAUCUACCCUUUCACCUCACUAUUUCUAGUCGUAUACUGCUUCCUUCCAGCGUUAUCACUUUUCUCCGGACAAUUCAUAGUCCAAGGCCUAAAUGUAGCAUUUCUAACCUACCUUCUUCUCAUCACAAUCACACUCACUCUUAUCUCACUUCUUGAAGUAAGAUGGUCGGGAAUCGGCCUCGAAGAAUGGUGGAGAAACGAACAGUUUUGGGUCAUUGGUGGAACCAGUGCUCAUCUUGUCGCUGUCAUACAGGGAUUACUAAAGGUUAUAGCAGGAAUCGAGAUUUCAUUUACGUUAACAACAAAAUCAUCUGGUGAAGACGUUGAUGAUAUUUACGCCGAUCUCUACCUAGUUAAAUGGACUAGUCUCUUCAUUAUGCCGCUAACGAUUAUCAUUAUCAACCUGGUCGCACUUGUCAUGGGAUUCUUGAGGACAGUUUACAGUGUUAUACCUCAGUGGAAUAAGCUUCUGGGAAGCAUGUUCUUUAGUUUUUGGGUUCUGUCUCAUAUGUACCCUUUUGCUAAAGGGUUGAUGGGUAGGAGAGGAAGGGUUCCUACAAUUGUUUAUGUUUGGUCAGGGUUGCUUUCCAUUACUAUUGCUUUGCUUUGGAUUUCAAUUGAUCCUCCAAGUGACACCCCUGGAGGAGGAGGAGGAGGAGAUAUUGAAAUAUGA